AUGUUGGACUACCAAAAGCCGGCGGAGAACAUCUUCGCUCUAUCGAAGCUCCCCGUUCUCGAUCUUGACUGGGGUAACUCUACGGCAUCUGUGAACAAGUUAUGCAUCAAACCCCGCUCUGUACCCGUCUCUGUUUGGAUCGUUGGCAUCAUCGACACCCUCUGGCUCUUCAACCCGCGCAGCGGCGAACCCGAGGCCCGUAUUUCGGUGGGGGUGGCGCCCCUCGCCGACCAUGCCCUGAUGGUCGCGAGGAACGUACUGUGCGAUUUUUCUCGGCCGGUGUCGACCAGCACCAAAUCUCUCUUCCACGUCAACGCUUCGAAGUGGACUUCUACUCAAGUUCACGGAGAACGUGCCAACCAGAACCAGGAGUUCGAGAAAGUCUACGAUGCGCGCAACAAAUUCGCCACCAAACACAAGAUGCCCCGGCUUGCUCCCGAGGAACUCAAGAAAGGAGACUUAGUGCUCAUGGAGGCCCAGAUAUCACGCUACAACACGAAGAAGGACAGGGAUGGAAAGGUUCGAACCAAGACUAACAAGGCUGAUAUGGUCGAGUACAAGGUCUCCUUCGACUUGGUUGCCGUUUCGCUGUUGGAAGUUGGGCCCAAGGUCACAGAGGAUGCUGCAGCGGAGCUUGACUCGGAUGACGAGGAGAUGCAAGCCUUAUUUGUCUUCGGUUUCUCGAUCUACGUCACCUCGUCUCCUUCUCCUUUUCUUCUCGAUGUAAUAGAGCUACAACGCUUGUUAAACAUGAAUUUCGUCUCCUAUUGGUCAUCGCCCCUGGGUGUUUUUCAAUCUCGCGUGGCUCCGUCACCCAUUGGGCCAUCUAAGUUUGGCUCGCUUCGCAGGCUUACGCAACAGUUCGAAUUUUGCUUCUGCUCUUGCGUCGACGACUAUCUGCCUUCAUUGACCCGCCCGCCUCUUUGUUUAAUGUCAGCGGUCACCGAGAGCGUCAGCGUUGCAGCCCUUCCAGAGCGCUCCGACGACAGCGCGGGUUUGACUCCCUUUCAAGAAAUGAUCUCCUUAUUUCAAGGCCUCGAUAUCUUUGAGGAAGGCGGGGCACACUCAAAACAACUGCUCGAUCACCGUCGUUUUGUGUUGUUUCCUCUGCGUGCUACCAAGGUUUGGCACUGGUACAAAGAAGCUGAGCACGGUUUCUGGACGGCCGAAUCAGUCGUAGGGCCCAUUGCCUAUGAGCCCAACAAAGAAUCACGAUCCAUUGCGGGCUGCGUCGCUGCCGCUGCAAUGUUUCUCAGCCCCAUAUCGACUCUCCAUACUGCAUCUUCCAGCAUAUCUUCGGCUGUCGACCUGCCGGAGGCUCGCUCAUUCCUAGGACUCCACUCAGCUCAAGCAGCUAUAUCUUCUGAAACGCUUGAAUACUUUCU